AUGGAUUCUAAUUCAUCCCCAAUUUGUCGUGCCUGUUUAGCUGACAAAAACCUACAAAGUUUAUUCAUCGAACAAAAACAAUUAUCAGAAAAUGAGAAUUUAAUUCUAAAAAUGUUCAUCUCCUGUACAGCCCUCGAAGUGUCCCCAGACGACGAGUACCCCAAAUACAUUUGUGAUUUGUGUCUCCAUGACUUGUACAAGGCCUACAAAUUUUGGACCAAAUGUCGAAACUCUUUACAGAAAUUGGAUAAACUCAAAGGUAAAAUACAAAAUGUAUAUAUUAAAGAAGAAUUUAAGUCUUUAGGUGAUCCAAAAGAUGCUGAGGGGAAUGUUUGUGAUGAUGAUCAAGUUGUCAUGGAUGUGGAAAAGAAACAUGUACAUAAAAAAAUGAGUAGUAAGGCUUUAAGGAAGACUAGAGUUAAGAAAGUUAAAGAUGACCAGGAUACUGCUGGUGUUGUAAAACAAGAAUCAGAUGAUGUUAUAGAAUUGGACGUACAAUCUAAUCAUUCUAAUCACAGUUAUCAUGACGAUAUUGACAAUACCAGUAACUGUGAAUACAACAUUCAUAAUGACAUCAAAAAAGAGCCACAAGAUUCACACGAGUGUACUAUAUGUAAUAAAAUCUACAAAUCAGCAUCUUAUUUAAAAACACAUAUAAAAACCCACUCCAUCAAACCAUCUUCUAAGCCUCCACAUUUAUGCCAACUAUGUGGUGCAGUUUUGUCCACCGGAAGAAAUCUACAAGAGCACUUAGAAUCCCACAGUGAUUUAAGAAAAUACGCUUGCAAAACUUGUGGAAAGUCGUACAAAACCAAAAGAACUUUAUAUGCCCACACUCUAAUCCAUGCAGAAGAAAAAAAACACGCCUGUGAACACUGCGGUCAGAAAUUUUUCGUAAGGAAUAAAUUAAUGUGUCACAUAAAGCGCAGACAUUCAGAUCUUAAACCUUUGUUUGUCAUUUUUGUUCCAAAGCUUUCAAGUUUCCCUACAAAUUAA